GAUCUUGGUCCAUCUAUGUCUGGCACUGCACUCUUUGAAAAGACACCCAACACAGCCUGUGGUUCAGUAGGGGUCUUCACCUAUGACAUCCUCCCGGGCUCCAACAGUCAGAACAAAGGCCGAGUGGCUGUCAUGUUCUCGAAUCCCUACGACUUCAACUUCUACUCCAACUAUUAUGCCAUUGGAGUAUUCAGCAAAGACAAGAAGUGUGACAACGAUCUCUACAAUGAGAUGUACAGCGGCAAGGAGAUCGACUUUGUCAGAGGGAAAGCCAGUGGGCCCAGUCUGACCUACAAAGCGGGCGAUUUGAUUAUCAGGGCCAGCAUGUCUGACAGCUAUCAGCCGAUCCUGAAGUUGGAUAUUUGUGACAUAUGAGACCAGCUGCAUCUCCUGGUCCAAUACCUCUUUAACAGCUCAACACCUUCCUAUUUGGCCAGUAGCUUCUCCUUUAAUAGAGCAACCCUCAUUAACUUUAUCUGCUUCUGCAUUAAUAGAGCAAUCUCUUUACCAGUUUAGAUAUUGUAAACUAGUUACCCUGCAGCAUGUGUUAUUUAAUCUGCAGUCAUUCAAGACUUCUCUGUUGAAAAACCCAACAUAUGUUCAUAU